CACAAACACAGCUCUGUUCUACUACCUGCACUUUAUAACGAGAUGGAAGUGUGGCCAAGAGGUGCUCAGGAAGCUAUAUAAGAGGUCUUCCCAGAAUUAACCGGUACCUGAACACUGGGGAUUUUUCACGGACCUGACAUCCCUUCCGGAGAACAGAUGAUCCCUGCCUGGUCUCUCGGUGUCCUCCUCCUGGGCUACGUCUUUGGAUUCCCAGUCCCAUUCAACAGCACUCAGAGACAAUAUGAAUAUGAGACUCUUCUUCAACUCAACGACACAGUGGGCAAAUCUACACAACCCUUCAUGUCGAAUGAAACAGAGAUUCCCUUCCCCUUUCAAAUUAUACUUCCUAUGGAGAAUAUGAGUCCAUUAUUAGGCAGUGUGUCUCUCUGCUAUCUUCCCACCUGCAUGAACGCUAAUCUGGGGUCAGCCCUGCAGAAAGGGGACGAGAUAGCGGGCGCCUCCACCAAUGACCCCCAUGGGAUAGGCAGAAAAUGACACUGACACAGGACAGCUUGAAUUGGCACACCGUUUUUUAAUAACAUGUGUUAUCCCAUUGGUUGCAGCAUGACUUUGGUAAUAGGUGUUGUGGCUCUCUAACAAACAAAAAAAUGCACUACAACUAUUUCUGCACCAGAGUUGAAGUAAAUUGUGAGCAUGAAAAGGAAACUGUAAUGCUAGGGGGGGGGGGGGGGCAUUUUAAAGUAGAUUAACUAUUGUAAUGGUUCAUAAAUCACAUUCAAUCUGUUGAGUACUUUAUGUCAAAUACUUACUUGAUUUGUUUAAAGUGACUAAACCUAAUAUACUUCACUUCUUUUGUACGCAAAUAAAAAGCUUUUUACAAACCAGGAGUGAUGCAAUAAAUGCCUGCUUUUCACAUAGAAAUAGAAUCAUAAAUGUCUGUCUGCACUUUCCUUGAUUCAAUCCACACUCACUCUGGUUCAUAAAAAAAAUGAUAGGCAUUACUCAACCAUGAAUAUCUAGUUGAGCAGAAUCACGCAAAGGGAAACCAAGUACAGACAGACAGAAUAACUGUUAAAGUGAUACUCUUCUGUUGAAUCUAAAGGCCUUGAUGUGUGUGUGUUUUAUAUGUAUACUGUAUGUAGGCAAUGAAUCCCAGCUGAGUAAACAAGAAAUGUUCUAUAACUUGAAGUGACAGAGUAGUUUAACUCACUACUGAUAUCCCCUGUGAAUCCACGCAGGCUCUGUGUUCUUUGGAACAGCACUGACACAGAGUAUGGCUCAACGUGAGGAAGAUCGUUGGUGGAAAGCGUUGUGGGUAUGCUAUAGAAAAUAUAUACUGUUACAGUUCAACUCCCACUCUGUUGUUGCUCUUUUGC